AUGGUUUCUCGGAAUAAUAAUAAGAAAUCUACCGUGGAGGCGACUCGAGUAUCUGCUCGUAUAUCUAUGCGAUUGAAGUCCUCGAAGUCCGCGGCAUCGGUUAGUAAGGUUACAAAAGUGACUUCUAAAACUACCUCGAAAGCGAACGGGGUUACCAAGAAAACGACUACUCACACCACGGCUUCAACGGCUUCAAAGAAGGUCUCUACAAAAGCCAAAGCAUCUUCAAAAAGCAAGAAGAAUACCGGUUUAGUCACAGAAGAGGGGGAUGAAGGGGAUGACGGGGAAGGGGAUGAGACGGAAACACCAAAGCCACAAGUCCCUAAAUAUGACCCAUCACCGGUUGAACCCACCAUCUUGACCCUCUCCACCAUCACCACAGGAGAAGAGGAAGUACAUCCAGGAAUAACCCAUCUCCUGACUACAAAUCCCUCUUUAUCCACAAUCAUAACCCGUCACCCUUGUACCCUCUUCUCUGCCUCCGGUCUCCUCGAACCCGUAAACCCCUUUCAUUCUCUGUGCUCCGGCAUAAUCUCCCAGCAAGUUUCAUCCGCCGCUGCAGCAUCUAUAAAAUCUCGCUUCAUAGCUCUCUUCAACGCCACAAAUACAUUUCCUCCACCAUCCGAAAUCCUAACAAAGGAUAUAGAUACAUUGAGAACCGCCGGCCUCUCGCAACGAAAAGCAGAAUACAUCACUGGUCUCGCCGAGCUUUUCGUUUCAGGAGAUCUUACGAACGAGCUCCUACUGGAAUCACCGGAUGAUGUUGUUACCGAGAAGUUGAUAAAAGUCAGAGGAUUGGGGUUGUGGUCUAUUCAGAUGUUUCUUUUGUUCGCUUUGAAAAGAACUGAUGUCUUUGCGACGGGGGAUCUGGGUAUUCAACGUGGGAUGGCAAUUUUGGCAGGCAGAGAUGUUAACAAGUUGAAGUUUUCGAAACCGGGGAAAGCUGGGAAGUGGAAGUAUAUGGCCGAGGAUGAAAUGAUCAAGUUGGCCGAGGUGUAUAGUCCAUACCGGAGUUUGUUAAGUUGGUAUUUAUGGCGAUUGGCAGAUACAGAUGUUGAAGUGUUAAAGGGUGUGGAUAAGACUAAAGUAGAGUAG